GCGAAUAUUGACGAUUAUUUAGUACUUUCUUGAUUUUAUUCAUCUUCCGUGUCAUGCGUUUUUCAACUAUGCCUCAAUUUGAAUAUUUGGUAUUGCGAUUAUCUUAUGGGUAGCUAACCUCCGGUUUGUUAAGAUAUAGCAAAGAAAUGAACAAUGCUGGUGUGUUACAGUUCAAAAGAAGUCGAGGGCGCCCAAGAAAAAAUCUUGCAGUUCCAAAUGUGGCUCAAAUUUCAAGCUUAAAUAACUUUUCAAAUGCAGCACUAAAGCGAAAAUCAGCUGAGCAAGCAACAGAUGAAAUUCAGAUUUUAGGGACAAAUGGUUUGGAAAGCUUAAGUGCCAAAAAGGCAAAAGAAGACUUCGCUGAUGACGCACCUAAACGGCUUCUACCACAUCGAGCAGCCAGAUUCACAGAAUCUUAUGGCGGAACUUCACCAGAUGUGGUUGUCAUUUCUGAUGAAGAUAAAGAUGAAGAUAGUGAUUCAGAUAGUGAUUCUGAGUGCAGUUUGUUGCCUUCUCCUGUCCAAAAAAUCAAAUCUAAAGAAGAGCUUGAGGAAUUGGAAGCUUUGAUUGAUAAGUUAAAGAAAGAAUUAUCUGACGAAGAGAUGAAACUAGUUCUCCUUUGCAAACUAAAAGAAAGUCAAAAGGCCAAAGAUUCAAAAAGAGAAAGUAAUGUUAGUCCAUCUCCAUCAACAGUUAGUACAGUUAAUAAUACUACUCCUAAAAAUUUAACUAUACCUCAGAAGAGUGGCAUCCAAAUUCAGAGUCUGCCAAGUAAACAAUUGUUAUCCUGCAAUAAAUAUACAACAAGCAAAAGGGAAGUAAAACAGACUUCAUUUGUACAAAGCAAUAAUGCCAAACAAUCAUUACCAUUGCCAACAUCUGUGAGUCAGCAUAUUGUCAAAGAAGAACUAAAUAAAAAUAUUGUUACAAGUUCUCAGCAGCUCAAAUCGAACCCAUUUAACCAGUUUCCUCUUCUUAAAAAUCUGUCAAAUCAAAUUACAAUAACACAAGUACCAGCUCCAGCAUCAGAAGUCAAAAAAGAACCUGAAGAAAAAAUUGAUGCAGAAACUAUUUAUCAGCGACAAGCAGCGGCUAAGCUGGCAUUGAGAAAGCAGCUUGAAAAAACACUUUUACAAAUUCCUCUACCUAAGAGACCUCCACUAAAACUAAACUUUUUCCCAAACCCUAACAGUAUAGAAUUUUUUUGUUUACUAGGUUUAGACUAUGUUGUAGAUUUCAUAACAAAGUCAAAAAAGAACAAUGUAUGGAAAGAACCGCUGAGAUGUGUUCAGUGCUCCAUCGAUUUCACUUGCUCUUGGAAGUGGAAAGAAGUAGAGAAAAAUGGAAAAAAGACAUACGACGUUUUUUGUGAGGCAUGUAUAAAUUCUAAUGUACGCAAAGCUUUGAAAGCUCAACAUACCAAUAACCUGAAAGCUGCAUUUUUAAAAGCACUUCAGCAAGAAAAGGAGAUUGACCGCUUAGCUCAGACAAUACCAAAGUCACAUUCCUCUACUCGUGAAUCUCGUCCAAGUUCUCGCAUCAAUACCCCAUCUCCUGCACAUCAGACUCAUCACACAGCAUCUGCUUUCUCUGUUCCUAAAACUGGAUCAACUAUUUCAUACAUUCCCAAACCUGCACCACCAUUAAAUCAUACUAAUAUGGCACAAAUGAACAAAUUAAAUCCCCAGUUUCAAUCCAUUUUACAAGCUCAAGCCCAACAUUUAUUAGCGUCAGGUGUGCCUUUGCAUCCCAAUGUAUUGUCUUUAACAUCAUUUGUUCCACCAAGUUCUCAUCACAGUAGAGGAAAGCCAUCUACGGGUCAAAACGAUAUUCGCAGGAAUUAUCGCUCUGAUAGAGUCCAAUCACCAUCUAUACCUCAAGCAUCAUCAAGCUGGAAAAGUUAAGUAGUUGUACGACAUUUAGAAGGAAAAGGCUAUUUUAUUUGAUGAACUAUGACUCUUAAUUUGUGUCUGGGUCUACUCAGAAAAAGGAAUGUAUUCAUUUCUAUCCAUAGAAGAGAAGGCCAUUGAUUUAGCUUGUUUGUUUUGUAUUUAUCACAACAUUUAUUUAAAAAAAUCAUAGUUGGCUUUUUUAGGUUCCACCCAUUUUAUUCUUAUCCCAAGAUCCUUUGUAAUUAAAACAUACUUGUAUUUUUAUCCAAAAAUGUCUUUGUAUGAAAAUUUAUAUUAAAAAUAUUAUA